AUGCCGCCUCCGCCUCCACCUUCUCCAGUCCCCCUCCCGCCGGCUCCGCGCCACCCGCCGUCCGCGGCGCGCGCCGCCGAGCAGCAUUGCCUCCGCCUCCUUGCGCUCUCCUCGACGCUCGCGUCCCUUCUCCAGUCGGUCGCCUUCCUCCUCAAGUCCGGCCUCCACUCCAGCACGCUCGUCCUCACCAGGCUCUUCGCCUCGUCCGCCUCCGCCGCGCCCGCGCUGCUCGAGCCCCUCGUCGCCGCGCUCCUCCGCCCCUCCGUCCCGCUCGACGCCUUCCUCGUCAACACGCUCAUCCGCGCCCACGCCACCUCCCCGAUCCCCUCCGUCCGCCUCCGCGCCGCGUCCUUCUUCCCCCUCAUGCUCCGCGCCGCGGUCGUUCCCAACAAGUUCACCUUCCCCUUCCUCCUCAAGGCGUGCGCGGCGCUCCCGGGAUCCCCGGCCGUUGGACUCCAAGCCCAUGCCGCUGCUCUCAAGUUCGGGUUCGCGGCGGAUCAGUACGCCUCGAACACUCUCAUACACAUGUAUUCCUGCUUUGGCGCUGGAUUCCUUGGCGACGCGCGAAAUGUGUUUGAUAGAAUGCCCAGGGAGAGUGCCGUUACCUGGAGUGCCAUGAUCGGUGGGUAUGUGCGUGGGGGGCUGUCGACUGAUGCCAUCGAGCUCUUUAGGGAGAUGCAGGCCAAUGGUGUACGUGCGGAUGAGGUGACAGUGAUUGGAGUCCUGGCGGCUGCCACAGAUUUGGGCGCACUUGAGCUUGCUCGUUGGGUCCGAGGCUUUGUGGAGAGAGAGGGGAUUGAGAAAUCUGUGACUCUGUGCAAUGCACUGAUCGACACACUAGCCAAGUGCGGAGAUGUGGAUGGGGCAGUGGCUGUGUUUGAGGGGAUGGAGCGGCGGAGUGUUGUAUCAUGGACAUCAGUGAUUGAUGCACUUGCGAUGGAGGGUCGUGGGAAGGAGGCUGUACAGGUAUUUGAGGAGAUGAAGGUUGCAGGUGUGCGGCCUGAUGAUGUUGCCUUCAUUGGGGUGCUCACAGCAUGCAGCCAUGCUGGAAUGGUGGAUGAAGGUUGUGACUACUUUGAUGCUAUGAAGACGGAGUAUGGCAUUGAGCCUAAGAUUGAGCACUAUGGUUGCAUGGUUGACAUGUUUGGUCGUGUUGGCAUGGUUGAGCGGGCGAUGGAAUUUGUCCGUACAAUGCCUAUGCAACCCAACCCAAUAAUAUGGCGAUCACUUGUUUCUGCUUGUCGUGCUCAUGGUCGCCUUGAACUAGGUGAAAGAAUCACAAGGAGCCUUCUUAACGAGUACCCAGCUCAUGAGGCUAACUAUGUCAUGCUUUCAAAUGUCUUUGCAUUGACACAGAGAUGGAAGGAGAAGUCAGAGAUUAGGAGAGAGAUGAGCAAGAAAGGAAUCAAGAAGGUGCCAGGCUGCAGUGUCGUUGAACUUGAUGGAGAGAUCCAUGAGUUCAUAGCUGGAGAUGAGUCUCAUCCACAGUACAAGGAGAUAUACAGGAUGGUUGAGGAGAUGGCAAGAGAGCUAAGGCGCAUUGGGCACAUCGCAGCUACAUCAGAGGUCUUACUUGAUCUUGAUGAGGAAGAUAAGGAGGGUGCACUUCAGUGGCACAGUGAGAAGCUGGCAAUUGCAUUUGCGCUACUGAAAACUCCCCCUGGAGCACAGGUCAGGGUGGUAAAAAACCUACGUAUAUGCUCAGAUUGUCAUGCAGCAAUAAAGUGCAUUUCACAGGUUUAUCAUCGGGAGAUUUUAGUGCGUGAUCGGAGUCGUUUCCAUCGCUUCAAGGAUGGUUCCUGCUCAUGCAAGGAUUUCUGGUGACGAAAUUGUGUUUCACAAGGUUAUUCUGUUUUGGACACGAUGUUAAUGCGUGUUUUGGGGAGCUUCUGCAUUGCAACACAAAGGCUUUCCACACGAAAAUGUGAUGGUUAUUCAAGGAUGAUGCAAGGAGCAUUGAAUUAUCUAUUUAAGGAAAUGUCACUAAUAAUCAUUAACGAUUGAAUUUUUCUUUCCUACAUACUGCAAUAGGUUGGAUUGAGCAUUCCUGAGGCAUAUCGUUAAAUCUUGAUUUUUAAACUAUGCGAAUAAAUGGAUUCAGCCUGCAGCCUGCAUGAAUUGGGAUCUCUGUUGGGACUGUACUGGUACUAGCUCUAUGGCCUGAAGGAGGGUUCCUGCUGCAAAGAAUUCUAGUGAUGGAACCAGGAUAUAACAAAUUGUGGCAUACCAAGGAGAGUGCUAAGACUUUUGACCGACAAGCAAGCUAUGUUUGGAGUGGUGGGAAUUUGGAACUAGAAUGGCGACAUUUUACAUGGGGCCCAAACUGGAGUUACAGGAUGACAUAUGAGUUUAGAUGGGCAGAGUUCGGUGGUUUCUGUCAGACAUGAGAUAUGAAAUCAUUUGAGAAAGCCACUGACAUAUAAAUUUCCUCCUUAAUUUGAACGAAGACAAAUGGUAGCAAGUUAUGCAAAAACACAAGAAGGGACAGAUGGUGACAAAGGAUGGCCAUUUCAUGGCUUAUCGAUGCGUUCAAAUUAAUUUUUCCAUGAACAAAAGUCAACCUGUCGAAAUAUUCCGCAUCUCAGCCAAGCUCCCCAUGGUAUGUACAAAGCUGCGGAGUUGAUCUGUCUCAAUGUCACACUUCAAAAUAUCUUUCAGGACUAAGGUUUCGAGAACUUUGAAGCCCUGUUGCCUAGCUUCCGCGAGGACAUCAGCUCCGUGAGCCAGCCAUUUCAUGCUUUUGAUGUCUCGUCUUUUGCUCGGAGAAGGUGAUAACAUGGCUUCUCGGAGUCUCUUCUCUAAUUCUUGGAUCUCCCGGCUUUCUGUUGCUUCAGCUAGGAGAGCACCAUCUACCUCAGCGAUCACGGCAGCGUUAUGAAAAUUGUCCUCUCCGACAAGGGCCCGCUUUUGCAUCAGAAGCUGCCGGCUUUCUGUUGGCUCAGCUAGGGAAACACCGGCGACCUCAGGGGCCACGACGGCGUUAUGCGAAACUUUUCUGGUGGACUCACAGGCUCGCUUUAGCUCCGGUGAGGUCUCUAGCUGGAGCAACGCUAUGAACUUCCCGAUGUUCGCCGCUGGCUUCUCCAGCGCCUCCACUGUGCUGUCCAUGCCUGACAGUGCCUUUCUUGUGGGCGACAGAGCAGUAGUAGACACAGAAGUAGAGCUGCUUCUCCCUGCCUUCUCCUCCUGCUGCUGUUGCUGGUCAUUGGCGUGCUGACGAGCGGCUUCGUCGACCUUGGAAGACAAGGAGAACCUCCUCGCCACGGGAGGUGUCCUCUUUGAGCUUGUCCCGCCACUGGAUCAGCGUGGCGCUCUCGAUGGCGCGCUUCUCUGACACCUCCAUCGUGCUGCGGAUUUUGAUCCAGCAGCAUCUCCAGCCGCUGGGGCCUCUCGGCGGCUGUCUGUUGAUUAAAGUUCUCGAGGAUCCACGACCACGGCGGUCACUGCGGUGGCGAUAGAGCCGAUCACCUCUUCUGUCAUGGCUGAAGCGCAAACAGGGUACGCUACUGAUCACGAUUCACAACUGUGAUAACAGAUUGUUUCUUUAUUUCGAAUGACUAUACUGGCUGAAGGAUUUGAUAGGGACUGGAUAAGACAAACUAGGCGUGCCAUUGUUGUUGGUUUCACCGUAAGGCCGACCUCCAAUAAGAUUUUUAAUGGCGGAAAUGG